UCAUGUGGACAUUUAAAAUAUAAAUAGAAAUGUUAGUUGAGAUUAUGUAUUUUGUAUAUUCUAUCGUUAGACUUGUUAGACUGGUGUUAUUGGUGCCAAUAGAGUAUGUUUUUAUGUAGUGCUAUUUAAUUUCGAUUUAUUUAGAUAAUCACAUGUGUCUAGUGGGUACUCUUUGGACAGUGUAUAUUCUAUCGUUAGACUAUGUUUUGAUUUGAAAUGUGAGACCUGUGAACAUCAGUUUUGUGCUAUAAGUUUAACCUGUGAUCCAUAUGAUUCUUUUAAUAAUUGGAUUCCUACCAUUAAUAGGUAAUGAGCUAGAAAAGAAAAUCCAAAAAAUUUACUAAAGAUAAACAACAAAGGUAAAUGAAUGAUUUAAGGGUGAGCUCAGAAUCUGCCUUGGGAAACUCCCCAAAUGAUCAGUAAAGCUGGAGAACUGCUGCUCAAAUUCUGGUGCCUAUGUUGUCCCAAUCUGAACUGUGUGAUAAGGUGGAGAAAACACUGGCUUAAGAAUCAAAAGUCUUAAUUGUGGUUCAGCACUUAACUAUCUUCAUUUUCAACCUGUGAGUAGACUUUAUCCUUUAGUGGCACAGAGCCCAAAUAGCUUAUUUUGCCAUUAUUUUAUCAUGCUUGCUCAGUUCCUGAGGUGGCCCUCUCAUUUGCUUACUUAGAGAUUGGAGGAAGGUUGGUUACUGUUGGCUUGACUGCUAGAGGCCCAGCUGGGAUAAUAUAGAGUAUUUUAAAUCUAGAGCAUUAGAAUGGCUUUUAUUGUAAAGACAAAAAGGACAAAUGAAGUGAUUAGGGGAACGUGAAAUCUCAAACUAGAGGUCAUUUUAAUUUUUACUGUAAGAGUCAGAAAAUUUACUGUCACUAAGUGGUAUAAAAGCUACGUAUUAGGACAAAUGAACAACGAGGUGGGAAUCUGGCCAGGUGAGGUUAUUCCUCUAAGUGAAGUGACACAGACCAUCCUUUUCUGUGUGCUAGUUGUUAUUCCAGACAUCCUUACUUCAGCCUAGCACAGGAAGAACAGCGUGCCACUGUGAAAUGAGAACUGAAGUUUGAAGGUGUGAUCAGGAGGUUUGAAGGUGUGACCAGGAGGUUUGAAGCUGUGACCGAGAGGUUUGAAAGUGUGACUAGAUGUCAUGUGUUAAGCUUCUAGCUAACACAAUUGUCAGAAAGAAAUGGGGUAAAAUGUGUGGUUUCCCAAAUAAAAUAGCUUUUGCAGCAAAGCAACCAGAAAAUAAAUAAGUGAAUACUUUAUAUACAUUCAUGUUUGUAGAUGUGUACAAAAGUGAAUUUGGAAGACAAAGUACAAGAAUAUUCAAAACUCUUCCAACUUAUCUUUCUGUCUUACUAACUGGUUGUGAUAGUUGUGGUAAAGUGUGGUACUUCUAAUCUUGUGAUGUUUCCAAUCUUGUUCAAAGGGCCAUGAUAGGAGUUUCAGUCAAUCCUGUCUGAAGUUACGGUUAUCUUCUGGUGCUGAUUGUUUCUUUGAAGAAGAAAUUUGCCUUUUCCAGAGAUUCAUAGCUUGGUAAUAAAAAGAAAAUAGAGCUUAGAGACAGCAACUACAAAAGUUGAUUUUCCAAUCAUUAGUCACAUUCCUCCUCUUUUCAAAACUAUGAAAAAUUUAGAUUUUAUAGUCAAUCCUAUAUCUCUUGUAUGUGUUACCAUUCCAAUAAUGAAUAAGACAGAUGUGCUCACUCUAUGGACUGUAUGGUAUGAUAAAAGAGAUGGACAAUACGCGAGAAGUGUAAAAGAGUAUGUUCUGUACUUAUCUAGCUUCCAUCCAGAGAACUACUCACCCUCUCAGCAGCUGUAGGGAUGUAAAUCAAAAUAGAAAAGCCUCAGCAUCACCACUAUCUCCAUGGGACAGUAAGAUCGGAGGCUAUGGAAUGAUCUUCCUAGAGCAGGGGUGGAAUGCUGCCGUGUUUCCCAGCUCCUGAGUUGUGUUAGUGUACUAUCCCAACUCCAUUCUUCCGAACACCUGCACUCUAGCCUCACAUAGUGGGAUAGAGAACACAAUUCAAUGUGUCAUGAUUUCUGGAUUGCAGUCCGGCGCUUCAGAACCUUAGGAGUGGAGAAACAAGAAAAUGAGAAAAUGUGGACAUAUUUUGAAGUCUAAGACACCGUGUAUGUAGUGCUAAUUUCAUUUCAUUCUUCCAGGUCUGUGAAGUAGGUGAUAUUCCUUUUGAAUAUGUGAAGAAACUAAGGCUUGAAGAUUUAGAGUGACUUGUUCAAAUUUUAACAUAUAGGAAGGAUUUGAAUCUCGGACUUCAGAUAACAAUAUUUAAUAUUUAAUGGAAGAUUGCUAUAUAUGUAUGACAGGUUCUGGUUGGGCACUUUAUAUACCUCAUUUCAUUUAAUCCACACUCUAUCACCGUUUUACUGUAGUGAAUUUGAGAUUUAGGGAAGUGACGUGACUUGCCUGAAGUCACACACGGGACCUAGUCGCUUGCCUUUCAAGCCAGAUCUGCCUGGUUGCAGAAUUCAUGCCUUGUGGCAAGAGCUUUGUUGAAAGGCCCUUCUGAAUUCCCAGUCCAUCCAUGCUCUGUAUCUUCAGUCAGGCCUGAUUUUAAACAUGGGUCAAAAUUAGCAAUAAGGUUUCCUUAGGCAAGUCAAUGAACCUCUUCACAUUAGUUUCUUCAUUUGUGAAAUGCAGACAGUAAUAAAUACCUACCGGUGCUGGGAGGCUUCUAUAUGGUUUUAUACACAGGAGGUGCUCCAAUCAAUGACAGUGUCUCUUUCUGCCUGCCACCUUUUCAACAACGGCCAUCACUGCCCCUACCCCCACUCCGUCUCCUCUCAGCAGAAUUAACUUCCUUUAUUAUUUUGGCACUGGGCUAGAGGGCUAGGGACCAUCAUCCUCUGAUUGGGAUUGACAAAGCCAGUCCCCAGGAUUAGGAGAAAGAAAAGAAAAUGCCCAGCAGCAAGUAUCAAGUAUUCCUGAGGCGUCCAGACUGCACCCAUGGAACUUUACGUACAUUACUGAGUUAAAUGAGUCUCUGGGAGGUAUUUCAGCUGGCAGCUUGCAAAUGACGACAAGUGGCAGACCUCAGUGGUGAUUCAGAGGUUAAGGAUUGUGUCAGGAGGCAGAAGUGGGCUAGAUGACGCCCAAACAACAGGAAGCAUAACCUAGACCAGGUCUUGGUGGUCAGAACAUGCAGUUGGAGGAAAAGCAGGAGGCCUGAGGAAACUGAAGAAAAGGGAGGCCUUCUGAAGAAUGAUGGUUUAGCAUGGCUGCAGCCCCCAAGGGACCCAGGGCUGGAAGGGCCAACGUCUCCCUCAUCUUGGGGUCAGUGUUCUCCAUCUGCAUCACUCCGUGGCACCACGACAGAUGAGUGAUCAGGGAGUGAUUUAUUCAACCGUGAGAUUUCUGCAGUCUUCUUCAGAGUCAGAGAGUGGACGAAGUCCUGAUGUUACUCUGAGGCCUGAGAAGACUGACGACAAAGAGUUUUCAGUGUCCUGGCGUCUCAUUGCAGUGAGUCUUGGGAUCCUCUGUUUAGUUCUGUUGGUGAUAGUCACAGUGUUGGUGACAAAGAUUUUUCAGUGCAUUCAAGAAAGACAUCAGCAGCAGGAAAUUCUAGGACACCUUAGUCAAAAGGACAACUAUUUAAAGGAGCAACUUUUGAUAAAUAAGACUUUAGAAUAUGACAUUUUAAAAAAUGAAAGCCUUCAGCAGAAAAAGAAACUGGAUUCACUCUUUCUGAAAAACAACAUAUGUCAUAUAAAAAAUGAGAUCUUUUCAAAAUCUUUGGAAAAUACAGGCAAACGUUAUGAAGCCCACUGGACCUGUUGUGGAUUAAGCUGUUAUUAUUUUGCCGUGGAAAAUAAAAACUGGAAGGGAUGCAAACAGACUUGCCAAAGUUACAAAUCCUCCCUUUUGAAGAUAGAUGAUGAAGAUGAACUGACCUUCGUUCAACUCCAGAUUUAUAAAAAUAAUUACUGGAUCGGAUUAUCAUAUGAUGAGAGGGAAAGUAAAUGGAAAUGGGUUGAUAGUGGCUCGUCUCCCGGAAUUAAUGUUGGAAUAAUGAAUUCGUCUUCUGGGAGAGGAAAAUGUGGAUUUUUAUCCUCAACAAGAGUAGCAGCUAUUGAUUGCAUUCAAACUUACAACUGUAUCUGUGAAAAGAGAAUUGGCUGUAGUAUUUUCUCUGCUUCAGCAUGCACUGAGAAGAAAAGGUGAAAAUGGAAUGUUGUCUUUUUUUGUUUACUUCUUCUAAUAAUUUCUGAUUACUUUCAAACAAAUGUUUUUACCUGCAGGACUUAGUCCAUUGUUGAAACAGAUAAAGAUGAGCUGGAAGAGAAAGGAAGUGUUUUUUUGGGCUAUCUCUUAGAGAUCAGAUAUCAUCUUCCAUCCUGGGAAGAGGGGAAGAUUUUGUUCUUGGAGAGCAGUUGCCCCUUUUCUUAAUGGUCCUGAGGAAUUAUUUAUUCUUUCUAUUUUCCUGAAUCACCUACAGAACCAAUUAGACAACUCAUAAAUAGCCUGGGUCUUUUCCUUAUCAAUAGGAUAAAUUGUCUCAAUAUCUUCUGGCUUUGAUAGCACAAUUAGAACUAGGAUAUAGGUUUUCUUUCUUCUUAUUUAGAAGCUUACCUCAUUUUUGUGUGUGUGUGGGGCAGAGUCUCACUCUGUUGCCA